GGUAACACAGAUUAUCAGUGACAUUUGUCUACGUAUGGUCUGUUUUUGUGAAAAGUAUUAUUAAUGGGUCGCAAUCAUUGAUUUUAGACUCUCAAAAAGCGACAAUGUCCGAUUCAGAAGCUAGUAACUAUUCAGGGAGUGGGUCUGAAGCGGGCAGCGUUGGAUCAAGACGGUCGCGGAGGAGCGUCGCCUCGAAUCGUUCAGUGCGGUCUCGUUCGGGCUCCCGGUCCCGUUCAGGCGGCAGUCGAAGCCCUUCGCGAACUCCCUCUAGGUCUCGCUCCAGGUCCAGGUCACGAUCGCGAUCUCGGUCUAGGAGCCGCUCAGCUGGCUCUGAAGGCAGUCGCAAUAGAGAUGAUGAAGCUAAAGAGGCAUCUGGAGAUGAAGAGGUUGAGGAUGAGCAAGAGCCAGAGGGUGAGGAUCUUGUGGACUCUGAGGAGUAUGAGGAAGAUGAAGAAGAAGAAAGACUGAGGAAGAAACGCAAGAAAGACAGCAGAUAUGGGGGAUUCAUUAUUGAUGAGGCUGAGGUGGACGAUGAAGUUGAUGAAGAUGAUGAAUGGGAAGAAGGAGCUCAAGAGAUGGGUAUUGUUGGCAAUGAAGUGGAUGAGAUUGGGCCCACUGCCAGAGAAAUUGAAGGCAGGAGGAGAGGCACCAACCUUUGGGACUCACAGAAAGAAGAAGAAAUAGAAGAGUACCUAAGAAAUAAGUAUGCUGAUGAGUCCGCAGCUUUAAGACAUUUUGGUGAAGGAGGAGAAGAAAUGUCUGAUGAAAUCACUCAGCAGACUCUCCUGCCCGGGAUCAAAGACCCCAACUUAUGGAUGGUCAAGUGUCGCAUAGGUGAAGAGAAAGCAACAGUGCUGCUGUUGAUGAGAAAAUUUAUUGCCUACCAGUUUUCAGAUGAACCCUUCCAGAUUAAGUCUGUUGUAGCCCCAGAAGGUGUCAAAGGUUAUAUUUACAUAGAAGCAUACAAACAAACCCAUGUCAAGAAUAUAAUAAAUAAUGUUGGUACAUUAAGGAUGGGAAUAUGGAAGCAAGACAUGGUACCCAUAAAAGAAAUGACAGAUGUACUCAGAGUAGUGAAAGAGCAAUCAGGACUGAAACCAAAGCAAUGGGUCAGAUUAAAGAGAGGUUUAUACAAAGAUGACAUUGCACAGGUAGAUUAUGUAGAUCUAGCUCAAAACCAGGUACAUCUUAAACUAUUACCUAGAAUAGACUAUACAAGACUUAGGGGGGCCUUGAGAACAGUUCAGAGUGAGAGUGAAGCUGCUAAACGGAAGAAGAAGCGUCGCCCUGCCGCAAAACCCUUUGAUCCUGAAGCUAUCAGAGCUAUUGGUGGUGAAGUCACAUCUGAUGGUGACUUCUUAAUAUUCGAAGGUAACAGGUACUCCAGAAAAGGCUUCCUGUAUAAAAACUUUACAAUGUCAGCUAUACUAGCUGAAGGUGUAAAACCUACUUUGACUGAAUUAGAACGAUUUGAAGAGCAGCCUGAGGGUAUAGAUAUAGAAUUAGCCGCUCCUGCCAAAGAUGAUCCAACAAGCUUACAUUCAUUUUCUAUGGGAGAUAAUGUGGAGGUCUGUUCAGGUGAUCUGGCCAAUUUGCAGGCAAGGAUCAUAGCUAUAGAUGGUUCUAUGAUUACAGUAAUGCCAAAACACGAUGCUUUAAAAGAUCCUCUUGUGUUCAAACCAAAUGAACUGCGGAAGUAUUUCAAACAGGGUGAUCAUGUGAAAGUGCUGGCAGGAAGGUACGAGGGUGACACAGGUUUGAUUGUUCGCGUGGAGCCACACAGAGUGGUUCUGGUAUCUGAUCUUACUAUGCAUGAACUUGAAGUGCUUCCUCGCGACUUACAACUGUGUUCAGACAUGGCUACUGGAGUUGAUUCCUUGGGUCAGUUCCAAUGGGGUGAUAUGGUUCAACUUGAUCCGCAAACAGUCGGUGUUAUUGUACGCCUCGAAAAAGAAAACUUCCACGUACUUGGUAUGCAGGGCAAAGUGAUAGAAUGUAAGCCACAGGCAUUGCAGAAAAGAAGAGAAAGUAGGUUUACUAUGGCACUGGACUCUGAACAGAAUACUAUUCAAAAGCGCGACAUCGUAAAAGUAAUCGAUGGUCCGCACGCGGGGCGGAAUGGUGAAAUCAAGCACCUCUACAGAAACUUUGCGUUUUUGCAGUCACGCAUGUAUCUCGAUAACGGCGGUAUCUUCGUGUGCAAAACCCGACACUUGCAACUUGCUGGUGGAAACAAGAACUCCAACGCGUCCGCCGGGCUGCCCCUCGGCUUCAUGUCGCCGCGGAUACAGUCCCCCAUGCACCCGUCAGGGCGGGGCGGCAUGACGCCGCGCGGCCGCGGGGGCCGGGGCGGGCGCGGCGGCGGCGUCACGCGGGACCGCGAGCUCAUCGGACAGACCAUCAAGAUCACGGGCGGGCCCUACAAGGGCAACGUGGGCAUCGUCAAGGACGCCACGGGCAGCACGGCGCGCGUGGAGCUGCACUCGGCCUGCCAGACCAUCUCCGUGGACCGCUCGCACAUCGCGGGCGCCGGCAACACGGCGCGCGAGGGCGCCAGCUCCUUCUACACGCGCACGCCGGGCCGCACGCCCACGCUGGGCGCGCAGACGCCCACGUACCGCGACACCGGCAUCAAGACGCCCAUGCACGGCUCGGCCACGCCCAUCUACGACGUGGGCGGGCGCACGCCGCACUACGGGUCCGCCACGCCGCUGCACGAGGGCGCGCGCACGCCCGCGCACGGCGCCUGGGACCCGGCCGCGGCCUGCACGCCCGCGCGCGCGCCCGACUUCGACUACGGCGCGCUGGACGACGCGGGGCCCUUCACGCCGCAGACGCCGGGCACCAUGUACGGCUCGGACCACACGUACAGCCCGUACCGGCCCAGCCCGUCGCCGGCGGGCUACCCGGCCGGCUACCCGAGCACGCCCAGCCCGGGCGGCUACUCGCCGCGCUCGCCCUACGCGGCCCCGGACGCGGCCCCGGACUGGCACACCACGGAGGUGGAGGUCCGGGUGCGGGCCCCUCACGACGACGGCGCGCUGGCGGGGCAGACGGGCGUGUUGCGCGGGCUGUCGGCCGGCAUGUGCGCCGUGUACCUGCCGCAGGAGGACCGCGUCGUCAACGUGCUGGCCGACCUGCUGGAGCCCGUCGUGCCGCAGUCCGGAGACCGCGUCAAGGUGAUCGCUGGCGAAGAUCGCGAGGCUGUGGGCCAACUGAUCUCUAUCGAAAACCAAGAAGGAGUCGUCAAAUUUGGUACGGAUGAUAUCAAGAUUAUGCAGCUGCGACACCUGUGCAAGAUGAGCACAUUAUAAACGAUGACUGGACGAACUUAGUUAAAAUAGAUUAAUUAGGGGAUAUUACUUUCACUUCGCUGUUAUAUUAUGUACUUGAAAUUGAAUUCACUUAGGUUUUGUUUUCUCAGCUUUCAGGACAUUUUUUUUCUACACUUUCCAUCCGUAACUAUAUGUAUGUACUUUAAAACCUUUGUAUUUAUCUCUUGUUAUAAGGACAUUAUGUUAUUUACAAAAGUAAUUAAACUUUACAAUGGCAAUGAA